AUGGCGACACACGCCGCACCUCAGGCCGAGCGACUAAAACUCCCAGCAGGCCGCGCUCGCGCCCAGCCGCCUCAGCCCCGCGCGGGGCCUUCUGGGAGCAGUCGUGGCCCGCGAGGCGCCGCCCCCGCCUCAGGGCGCUCUGGCUCCCUCGUCUGGAGAGCCGUUGGCGGGAAGCCGGCCGCUGUGCGAGUAGGUGGUGGCGGCGGCGGCGGCGGCGGCAGUAGCCGUCGCCGCCGGGGGCGCCUGGGUCACGGCGCGGCGGCGGUGACCGCGGCGAACCGGCCCUCCCGCUCCGCGGCCGCAGCCCCCGGCCCCGGAGGCGAGGCUGCCGGGCGCCCUCAGCGUACGAAGCAGCGGCGGCGUCGAAAGCGGGCCCAGAGGCGGCGGCGAGGGUGGUGGCUGUGGUCGGGGCCGCGGCAGAAGCAGAAGCAGCAGCGACAGGUGCAGGAGCGGCGGCCCAGCGCGGGACCCGACGCGGAGUCGGGCGAGCGAUGCUUAGAGGCCGCCCCGCGGUCGGCCCCCGCCUUGUCCCCGCUUUCUCCCGCCCAGAGAGCCAGACGGCGGCGGCGGCGGCGGCGAAGACGACGACGGUCGUCUAUGGAGCUCGAGAACUUAUUGGCCAACACGAUGCUGCUGAGAGCGCGCCAAGGUGGGUGCACAGCGGCGCCCCGACCCCGCCCGGGUCCUGAGCCCGUGCAGCCCCAACCCUGCCGGGAACACCGACCCUGCCGCGGCCCGCGGAUCUUCCGGGGAAUCGGGACCCCCGGGCCCGCGCAGCCUCGCUCUCUGGAAUGCGGGUCGGCGAAUGGUCAGCCUGGGCACCUGACGCCUAAGCUGCUCCGUCGCCUUUCGGCGCCGCCUCAGGACCCGCGCGAAGGAAGCCCGCGCGCUGCUCCAGUCCGUCUGCUCUUGAUUCCCUGUCCUGCCCUCCUUCCGGAACCUCGGGACGCAGUGUGGCAUCAGCAUCGGGCAAGCACUGUGACCUGUCCCCAAGAGAGGAAGCCAGACCAGCCAGUAAAGCCGGUGGCGAAGAACCGUGCCUUUGUGGUCUUCAAAGGGCCACCGAAGAGAAUCCUGUGAACCACCCUGGGAGACCCUUCCCUUAAGAAGUCUUCUGGGAAACGUCCGAGUCUCUGCAGAAGGCAUGGUCACCCCAUCCCUCCAGCUCCUGCUAUGCCCAGGAGAAGCUCUUGCUGCGCUGGGCAUGCCUGUGGCAGCUUUGGGUCUCCGUUCCUUGGUCACCAGCACCCAGCACUGGGCUAACACUCAGUCUCUUCUCUGCAAAUGCCAAAUGCUGGCUGAGGACAAAAGAGCACGUCUCAGAAAGUCCCUCAGUACUGGUAAUAACCAGAAAUUGAGAUUUCAAAAUAAGCUGUCUUUUUAGACUAGCAGUCUGGAAAUAGGGACCAGAACCCGAGAUUUUAUUCAACUUUGGGGCAUCAGUUGACCCCAUACUUGUAAAUGCUAAGUCUAGUACUGGAAUGUUUAUAGUACCUUUAUUCAUAAUCAUCUCAAACUGGAAAUAACCUUUCAACCCAAAGAGUAUCAGUAAGAGAAUGGAUGAACAAGCCGUGGAACUCCGUAAUACUGCACUGCCUUAGAAGAGAGAACUACCGACACGUGCAACAGCUGGGCGUAUGUUGAGGGGAGGAGCUGGAGAAACUGCAGUCCUCGAUGAUAUCCUGAGCUUGAAGAGAAAUUGAUGAAUCUGUGGUCAUCACAGUGUGAGUGGUGAUUGCCUGGAGGAAGAGGAGGGGCUGACACAGAAGAGGCAGGUGGGAGCUUUGGGGGACAAUGAGCACGCCCUGUUUAUUGAUCCGGGUGGUAAUUACAUGCACACAUACAUUCGUAGAAAUUCAUCAAGCAAUAUUCUUAAGAUUAGUGCAUAUUAUUGUGCAAAUUAUAUCUGGUAAAAGUUUUGUUUUUUAAGGAAAAAAAAUUAUAGAAUGUUCUCAUAAUACCCUAGUGGUCCCGCGGUUUAGAAUCCACCUUCCAGUGCAGGGGACAUGGGUUUGAUCCCUGGUCGAGACCCCACCUGCAAUGCAAGCUCAGCUUGCGUGCUGCAACUAUUCAGCCCGUGUGCUGCAACUCAAGAGAAGCCCAGGAACCACAAAGAGGAGCCACACGCACUGCAACAGAGCCUGCUUGCCUUGGUGAAGACCAGGGCAGCCAGGCGAAUAGGUGUCAGAGGUCACCGUGAAGACUGAAGACACACAAACCCUGUCAACAACAUGAUCUUCCAAAAAAUGUUCCUUAAAGGCUUGGUUAGCUUUGCUUGUGAACAUGCCUGAGUUUGAUGCCUUUUCCCUUCUCUGGAAGAAGGGCUGGCGUUGGUUCUUUUUAUUAUCUGUUUAGUUUUUUUAAUAGUUAUUCUGAUAUUCAAGAUUCCUGUUUCUUCUUGAGUUAUGUUUGGUAAUUAUAUUUUCUAAUAAAAAAGUUCUUGUCUGUGUUUUCAAACUGAUUUGGCAUAAAUUUUAUAUGUAACAUUUUCCUACUAGUUUAUGAUUACAAUUGUGAUCUUUUUAAUUUGGAGUAUUAUUUGUGUGUGCCUGUCAUUUUUAAUUAGACUUGCAAAAGAUUUUUCUAUUUUAUAAGUCUUUUUUUUUUUUAUUUAUUUAUUUUUUAUUAGUCUUUUCAGUGAAUCAGCUUUUGGUUUCAUAUGCUGUUGUAUGUUUGCCUUUUGUUUUACUAAUUUCUGCUUAUAUUAUUAUUUUGAUUGUGAUUUGCUUCUAGCUUUUUGAGUCGAAUGCUUAAUCCAUUUCUUCUUUUUUCUUCCAUUCCUUUAUCAGGAAUUGACUAUUUUAUUUUGUGCUAGAGACUGUGGUUGGUACUGUAAGUAAACCAUGAACUCGGCAGAAAAUUUGCUUUUGAGGAGGUGACAGGCCAAUGGUGAACAUUAGUGUCCUAACUUAAGACUGAAGGCACUCUGAUUAACGGGAUGUCAAUCAUCUCUGGAAGAGAAAUAAAAGAUCUGGGACCAGAAACUGAUGAGCUUCUGCAUCCAGUCUCCCACGUCUAGACUUAUUUAUCAGUCUCUUACUUAGUAGAACUUUGUGAUUAGUGUACUGCUCUUAGGUGAGCUAAGGCUUCAGACAGGUUACUUUCUGGUUAAAUUAAGCACAGUUCUAUAGAACUGGGUAGCAAUCAUGUAUUUCCAGUUCCCCAGUACUAAGGCUUGUCCUGUUCAGAUCGGGCGGCUGUUUCUUCUCUGCCUGAACUGUCCCCUACCCUGAAACUAUCACUGUCUUGUGUCAUGUUGGCACACUUCCUGGGUUCCAGGCCUUUUGUCAUCACCACUAGUAUGGUCAGGGCUUUUUCCCCUUUCCAAUAUCCCUGCACGGUGAUCGCUGCCCAUUCCUGAUCAUUAGGGAAAGGUCCUCUUCCAGGCCAGAGACCCUGCAGCCCUCUGACUUCCCUGAACCAUAGAACCUUAUUGUGGGUCUUCCUGCCAGUUGAUUCUGUGUUCUGUCUGCAUUUGAGGAGCUGGGGAGUGGCUUUUAAAUGCUCUCCUUUGACAGAAUAACAGCAGAGACGGGAGUUCUAAUGUUCUACGGCACUCCCAUUUCUGGAGCUGUAGAAGUUCAGGAGUUCUACUGUAACGUUUUGGACCAGCAGACAUGUCAGCUAUAUUAACAUCCACCUUAACACUGAGCUGGUGGCCCUUACGGUUUCUCACCAGGAUAGUAGUGUUGCUUCUCGCUUGUGGGAAUUGUUUCCCUCCCGUUUCGCACUGAAUGUGCCAUAUGAUGGGAAUGUCCAAUUCUAGCCCAGGUGACAUUUUUCAGUGUUUUUACUUUUGUGCAUAAAGCAUCCCAGUCAUAUUCUGUUAUCCAAAAAAGAGGGAUCCAUGUUUCAGAUGAAACACAUCUGAAUAUAAUCAACUAACUAAUUCAAAAAAAUUCUCACUGUUAUACUAAAUAGAAUCUGAACGGGCACUUCCCCUUAUGGACAGCACAGUUCUAGAAAACACUGGUAAUGUUGCUGCAGUAUUGGAUGAGGAGAAAUGCAGAUUGUGAAAUAAACUGUUUCCUUCACAAAUGAGAAAAUAUUUUUCUAAAGUUAAAAAAAAAGUACUGAAGAAGUAAAGUCCUCCAAAUGAGUAUUAAUUUGUAAGCUAAACUAUUUUCUGUCAGUAUAAAUUAUCAUUAGCAAUCUAAUAAAUUCUGGUACCUUAGAUUUUAAAAAUAUAAUUCUCUAACACCCACUGUAUGUCUUGGUGUCUACCAAGUAUGAGACA